AUGAGGAUGCAGAAGGCACAGUUCUGGCUCGCCGUCGUGGCUGGCUUCCGCGCCUCCCUCGCCAGCCCAGGCUAUACCAACGAGACCUUACCGGGAAACCAAUCUCCAACGCUGCCGUCAGUCUUUCCUCUGCUGGAAAAUGCAGAGUCGGCGGAUCUAUUCCCCAUGCCUCCGUGUGGAACGUUCGAAUUGCACGAGGCCACGAUAGAUGACAUGCAGGCCGCCAUGGAGGCGGGCACCCUGACCUCGCAGCAACUCGUCGCGUGCUACUUGCAGCGGACAUACCAGACCCAGGAGUAUAUCCACUCAAUUCUCCAAGUCAACCCAGAUGUCUUCCAGAUAGCGGCUGGCAUGGAUGCCGAGAGGAAAGCCGGAAACGUCCGCGGGCCCCUCCACGGCAUCCCGUUCACAGUAAAAGACAACAUUGCGACGAAAGAUAAUAUGGAAACGACUGCCGGCAGCUGGGCGCUCAUGGGAAGUAUCGUGCCUCGCGACGCACACGUGGUUGCUCGCCUCCGCGAAGCCGGCGCCGUGCUCUUCGGGAAGGCGGCUCUUAGCGAGUGGGCGGACAUGCGCAGUAACAACUAUUCGGAGGGCUUCUCGGCGCGGGGCGGGCAGUGUCGGAGCCCGUACAACUUUACCCUCAACCCAGGCGGGAGCAGUACCGGGAGCGCAGUCGGCGUGGCCGCGAAUGCGAUCGCGUUUUCGCUUGGGACCGAGACUGAUGGCAGUGUUAUCAAUCCUGCCAUGAGAAACUGCGUUGUUGGCUUCAAGCCGACCGUCGGUCUUACUUCGAGGGCUGGAGUCAUUCCGGAAAGUGAGCACCAAGAUACUGUCGGGACCUUUGGCCGCACCGUCAAGGAUGCCGUCUACGCAUUCGACGCGAUAUACGGGAUCGACGAGCGUGAUAAUUACACACUGGCCCAAGACGGAAAGGUUCCCACGGGAGGUUAUACGCAGUUUCUCAGCACCAAGGAAAGCCUCAAGGAUGCUACGUUUGGCAUCCCGUGGAACAGCUUCUGGGUGUAUGCCGAUGAUGAGCAAAAGCAGAUCUUGGGCGAAGUCCUGGACCUUCUCACCGCUGCAGGCGCGACGAUACUCAAUAACACCGAAAUUCUCGACUACAAAAGAAUCGUUAGCCCGGAUGGAUGGGAUUGGGACUACGGAACCACUCGUGGCUAUCCUAACGAGUCUGAGUAUACCGUCGUCAAGGUGGACUUUUACAACAACAUCAACACGUACCUCUCCGAGCUCGAAAACACCCACAUAAAGUCAAUCGAGGACAUCAUCGAGUUCAACUAUAAAAACGACGGGACUGAAGGCGGAAACCCCUGGCCUUUGGGCAUUCCCGCGUUUUACUCCGGCCAAGAUGGGUUCCUAGCAUCACUGGAGUCGAAGGGCGCGAAAGAUGAGACCUACAACCAGGCGGUGGAAUUCACGCAGCGAUCAACGAGAGACGGCAUCGAUUCGGCUCUGACGCCUCGUAACGGAACUAGAUUGUCGGGGCUUUUGGUUCCUCCAGACGUCGGCCAGACGUAUCAGAUCGCUGCGCAAGCUGGCUACCCCAUGAUCACCCUGCCAGUCGGCGUGCAUUCCAGCGACGGCAUGGGCUUCGGGCUUGCGGUUAUGCAAACCGCUUUCGGGGAAGCUGAGCUGGUCAAAUGGGGCAGCGCAAUUGAAGACCUGCAGCUAACAACAGAAGGAAAUCCGUACAAGAGAACUCUACCGAAAUGGUACGAAUACUUGACGAGAAACAUACCGGUGCAUUAG